AUGUACAUUUCUCUCAUUAUUCUUUCAUGUUUAUGUCUGAAUUCGAUUUAUGCUAUGAAAUCAUCUAAAAAAUGCCCAACUGCUCAAAUUAAUGAUAAAGAAGCUAUGAAAGAUUUGGUUGAACUCAUAAUAGAUGUCCAUAAAGGAUCAAACGUAUUCACUCCCAAUUUCAAAAUGAUAUUUUUCGAUCAGGAUAAGCCUAUGUCAAGUGAAGAGUGGAUUAAUAGUUUGAAACAAAAUGGGCCAACUCGAGUUAAUUUUAAUAAUUCAACAGCUUUCAGUAAGGGGAAUCUAAGAUGCUAUCAUAUUCAAUCAAUAGAUUCGAAAUCGAAGCAUAGUAUUAUGUUGAAAAGUUUGAGACAAGUUGAUGGUUUUUGGAAAUAUACAGAUGGUAUGGAUAAUGUUGAACAACUUGGGAAUUCUUAUCAUUAUGAUGAAGAAGCUGGAACAUCUUCUGGAGGAGCUUCUAGUUCAGCUAAAUCUAUUUGA